GGAUGUGUUAUUGAAAUACAAUAUUUUUUUAAUUCAGGUAAACAAACACUGAAGAUAUUUGAUGGAAAUGAUGCAGUGAAACGCAACCAAUUUCGACUGAUUUCAGUUCCAAGGAUUGCAAAAAAUGAAGAAGUUGUGGAGGCUGCUUUGAGAGCAUACUACAUAAAUGAUGACCAGCAGGAGUAUGAGCUUCAGACCUUUACGCAGCAGGCGCUGCUAUCUGAUGACAUUAUCAACAGGAACAAUGCUGCAGAGGACAGCAACUCGGGCUCAGUAUUCCGAGAGUCCGUUCCUGAAGCUUGGAUCAUCAGAGCCAAACCAAAGGACGAGGAGGUGAUCAGAAUUUAUCCUGCCUGGCUGAAGGUAGGAAUGGCGUAUGUUUCUCUACGAGUAGAUAAGGGUAGCACAACACAGACUGUGAUCAAAGAAGUGCUUCCAUUACUUGGAAAACAGACGGAGUGCCUCCAGAAUUUCAGACUGGUGGAAGUGCUUAUGGGCAGUAAGCAAGUUCAGCGCAUGGUAUUGGACAAUCAGGAACUGAUUCUUAACAGACUCAAGGACAUAAGAAAGACUUCAAUACGUCAGAUGAAUCAAACAAGAUUUUACAUUGUGGAAAACAGUAAAUCUGUUGUACGAGUGAAUUUAUUUGUUGGUGGCCUUCCACCGCAGCUUUCUUCUGAAGAGUACACAAAUAUUCUCACGGAUGAGUUAACUAUCAAAACAAAUGUGGUAUCUGUGAGUCAUGUUUAUCAAGCACAAGGUGCUGUUGUACUCGAAAUUUCGUGCUUUUCUGAAGCUGAAAGAAUAUACAUGCUAGUUAAAGAUACAACUGUCAAUGACAAACCUCUGAACGCCGUGAUGAUUCCUGAAGUUGUGGCUUCCAAGAUACCACAGAACUGCUGCCCACUUCUUGUAUUUGUGAACCCAAAAAGUGGUGGUCUCAAAGGUCGGGAUCUUCUGUACAGUUUCAGAAAGCUGCUAAACCCUCAUCAGGUCUUUGAACUUACUAAUGGUGGCCCACUGCCUGGGUUUCACACGUUCUCUAAAGUCCCCUCCUUCCGCGUGCUGGUGUGCGGAGGGGACGGCACGGUCGGCUGGGUCCUUGGUGCACUGGAGGAGAUCAGGCACAAGCUGGUGUGCUCAGAGCCCUCCGUUGCCAUCUUACCACUAGGAACAGGUAAUGACUUGGGGCGGGUCUUGCGCUGGGGAGCUGGCUACAGCGGGGAGGACCCCUACUCGAUUUUGAUUUCUGUGGAUGAGGCGGAUGACGUUCUUAUGGAUCGCUGGACUAUUCUCUUGGAUGCAGAAGAGCCUGCUGAAGGUGCAGAGAAUGGCAUCGCGGAGCCAGAGCCUCCAAAGAUUGUACAGAUGAACAAUUACUGUGGUCUUGGCAUUGAUGCAGAGUUGAGCUUGGACUUCCAUCAUGCUAGAGAAGAAGAACCAGGGAAAUUUAAUAGCAGAUUUCACAACAAAGGUGUUUAUGUGAAAGUUGGGCUGCAGAAGAUAAGUCAUACCAGAAAUCUUCACAAAGACAUAAAGCUUCAAGUGGACCAGCACGAGGUGGAAUUACCAAGCAUAGAGGGACUCAUUUUUAUUAAUAUACCCAGCUGGGGUUCUGGAGCUGAUCUCUGGGGGUCUGAGAGUGAUAACCGCUUUGAGAAACCACGCAUCGAUGAUGGCCUGCUGGAAGUUGUUGGCGUGACUGGCGUCGUUCACAUGGGUCAAGUCCAAGGCGGUUUUCGAUCAGGAAUCCGCAUAGCCCAAGGCUCAUAUUUUCGUGUAACACUCCUAAAGCCAAUUCCAGUUCAAGUUGAUGGAGAGCCCUGGAUUCAGGCCCCUGGCCAGAUUAUUAUCUCUGCUGCAGGACCAAAGGUCCACAUGUUGAAGAAAUCCAAGCAGAAGCAGAAGAAAACUGGAAGCCUGAGAGAGACGAGAGGGGAUAACGUGUCAGUCUCUGAAGGAGGACGCUGAAGUGGAGACCUGUGCUCAGAAGUGAUGCAGCACACCUACUGUAGAUACCAAGAUGGUUCAGUAAAACUGCGUGCAGGCAGCUAUUGAAGAGGGUUGCUUAUGAGCGUGCCUUUCAUUACAUUUUGAUAGUACUGGGUUCUACUUCAUCUUUCACAGAUAGUGCCUCAUUGUUUCAAGUAACUAUUAUG